AUGGCCUCCUCCUCAGCAACGUCUCCGCCGUCACACAAGCCCAAGCGCAAGUUCGCUGUGUUGGGAAGCAGAUCAGUCGGCAAGUCGUCCCUGGUUGUCCGAUACGUCGAGGACGCAUUCGUCGACUCGUACUAUCCCACCAUCGAGAAUGUCUUCAACAAAAACAUCAAAUACAAGGGAAAAGAUUACGACUGUGAUAUCAUAGACACCGCAGGACAGGACGAGUACUCGAUUCUCAACUCACGCCACGCCAUCGGCAUCCACGGGUACGUGCUCGUCUACUCAAUUGCGCUGCGUUCCAGCUUCGAGAUGGUGCAGACCGUCUACGACAAGAUCCUCAACUAUACGGGCACGGAGACCAUCCCUUGCGUCGUCGUUGGGCAGAAGAGCGAUCUGCAUGUGCAGAGGCAAGUCUCCGAGGAAGAGGGCAAGCAGCUCGCUGCCUCGCUCAAAGCCGCAUGGACAGAGACUUCAGCACGCCACAAUGCCAACGUAGCCAAGGUUUUCGAGCUCAUGCUCGCAGAGACGGAGAAGGGCACCACCGAAGGCGGGCCGGAGCCGCAGCCUUCCAAGUGCUCCGUGAUGUGA